GCUCAAAACAACCCAAGUAAACACUGCUGAUUGUGCUAAACUCUGUGCUCUAGAUUUUUUCCCUUUCCAUAAACAAGGAAUGACAGAUGUCUACUUACAGGGCAACUUGGAUGAGGUGCUUUUGCAUUUCCCGUUCCAUUAUUGCUGAUAAUGUGGCUUCAUAUUUCCAAACUCCUGUCUAUGAUCUUAUUAGUCUGUUUUGCGGCUGUGAAUACGACGUGGAGGGUUAUUCCACUGGUGACAUGGAUAUGUGGGUGAAAGUUGAAUCCUGUUCAGUUAGGUGUCUGUGGUGGCUGUUUGCUUGUGUGCUUCCCAUUCUGGUUCAUGGAAAAAACUUCAGCCGACAUGUCCUGGAGAGGCCACCAUGCCAGCCAGGUUUCUACUGCCCACUGGGGAACUUUUCUCUAAUCCCCUGUCCGAAGGGAAGCUAUGGGCCAAUUGUUGGUGGUGAUUCCAUGGACAGCUGUCUAAAGUGCCCUCCUCACCACUACUGUCCUAGACCAGGCAUGUCAGCUCCUAUGCCAUGUGGCCCUGUUGCUCAGCAGCCACUGUCUGGCCAGGACACCUGCAUCUGCUCAGGAGUGGGACAGACUUUUCAAGCCAGUGAUGGGUGGUGCCCCUGUACCCUUGGCUACCAACAUACCAACAAUGAAGAUGCUUGUGUACAAAAACUGUACGAUGUCUGCAGAAAUGGAAAUACACGUACACAGUAUGGCGACUGUCUGGACAGACAUCAGUGGUCACUUCAUUGUAGGCAGCAGGUGUGCCAAUCUGCAGAAGACUUUCAGGGUUAUGAUGGAGAGCUGGGUCUGUGUGUGUGCAAAGAGCCUCCUGGAAGAGCUGCAUGUGGAGGUCUGUGCAGGAGCAGGCCUGCUACUGAAUUGAAUCUCAAGUGUCGAUCCAGUGGAGAGAUGCAACUGGUAUGGAGCUAUGACAGUCAGGUGUCGGGCGUCUCCAGCAGCAUGAUAGAGACAGUUUUUAAACAGUGGGACUCCCAAGGGACUCUUCUGUGCAACAGCCAUCUGAACUCCACACGUCCUGUCUACAUUGUUCAGACAACAGAGGCAGGCUUCCGUGGCCUCCUCAGUGGCAUCCCAAAGGAACUUCAGCAACUGUUUUCUGUCACCAAAAAGCAGGACACUCAGAGCUCAGCUGGUUUGUUGCAACAAAACAAUAACUUCUUAUCAAGUGAUAUUAUUAUACUAUAAUUAUAACGAAUACAUGA